GAAAAAGGGAAUCUGUGCAGAGGAUUCAAAAUCAAUCAAUUAUUAAUAGAUUCAGUCAUCAGUUGGACUGGUCUGUGGUCUUGCUCCAAUUCCCAUAGCAAAAUGUCUUCUUCAAUUCAUGAAUGAGAUAGAGAGAGAGAGAGAGAGAAGGUUUCUUGUUCAGGGCAAGCAGAUUUGCAGCAAAUGAUGGUUCUUCUUUUUGGGGUUUCCUAAUGAAAUAAGGUCCAGCUAAAAGUUCCCAGUUUUGCUGCUUACAAUCUUGGUCAAAAAUCAGUGAUGUAAUAAUGUCUGUCAUGGCUGCUGCUUUGUUCACUGCAAGUUUAAAUUGAGGUUUUAGGAGUUUCAGAGUUUAUUCAUGGCGGAAGAAGCUAAACAAAUCCCUGCCGUUGAUCCCAAGUCCCUCACCAUCAAGAUUGUUUCUUCUUCUCCGCCGGAUUCUUGUCUGCCGUCUCCGCCGUCUUCUGCAUUUGUUUCAGCGUUACAGUCGCCGUACAUUUCUCCCAGGGCGACUCUACCCGAAAAUCCCGCUCCCUCGCCGCCGGUAUCCUCGUACUGUGGGUCCCAGUCCGAUGAUGUUCCGAGCACCUCGUACAGCACUCCACCGCCGGAAAGAUGCGAUUUUUCCGACGACCCAAUGCUCAAGAUUGUCACGGUGUCGGGACCCGACACUGAUCCUCGGAUUUCCUUCUCGUUUCCGGUCCCCCGGAUUUCGUUCGCCAAAGGCUCCGUCUCGCCGGCGGCCAACGCCAAACUCCGGAGCUGCGACGUGUACAUAGGAUACCACGGGGAAAACCCGAAUUUGGGGCGGUUCUGUAAAUGGCUAAAAUCGGAGCUUGAGCUUCAAGGAAUCGCAGGUUUUGUAGCAGACCGAGCAAAAUACAGCGAUAAUCAGAGCCACGAAAUCGCCGAUCGCGUUAUUUGUUCAGUCACGUUCGGCAUUGUUAUCGUCACUAAUCACAGCCUCUUUAACCAUACAACGGUCGAAGAACUAAGAUUCUUCGCGCAGAAAAAGAAUUUAAUCCCUUUGUUCUUCGGCACAGACGCCACUGAAAUCUCAACCCUAACCCUCGCAAACCCAGAAAACAAGAAAUGCAAAGAAGCAUUGGAUGCAGUGUUAAAGUGCCACGAAUAUAAGCUGGAAGCCAAGGAAGGGAAUUGGAGAAGCUGUGUAUCAAAAGCAGCAGGGAUUUUGAGGGCAAAGCUUGGGAGGAGAAGUGUUGCAGAGAAGAUGAACCCAGAAGGAUUAGAGGAGCUGCCAUUUCCAAGAAACAAACAUUUUGUGGGAAGGGAGAAAGAAAUCAUGGAGAUUGAAGCAGCUUUCUUUGGGUCUGGGGAUUCUUUUGAGCAAGAAAAUGGGCAAUCUGAAGGACUUGCAGAUGACGAGAGCGAAAUCGAUGGAGGCAGAGGGAAAUACAUUAAUCUGGAAGUUGGAAGGUGUAACAAUGGAGAGACUUGGGUGGAGAGAAAUUCAGUGAAAAGGUCCAAAUACAAGAAAUCAAAAAGCUGCAAAGAUAGGAGCUUUGGCAGCAGUGUUGUAUGCAUAAGUGGAUUACCAGGUGGGGGAAAAACUGAGCUUGCAUUGGAAUUUGCUUACAGAUAUUGGCAGAGAUACAAAAUGGUUUUGUGGGUUGGAGGGGAAGCAAGGUACUUUAGGCAAAAUAUACUGAACUUAUCAGUGAAUUUAGGGUUAGAUGUGAGUGCAGAUGCAGAGAAGGAAAGAGGGAGGAUAAGAAGCUUUGAUGAACAGGAAUCCGAAGCAUUCAAGAGAGUUAAAAGGGAGAUAUUCAGAGACAUGCCUUAUCUGCUGAUUAUUGAUAAUAUUGAGACCGAAAACGAAUGGUGGGAAGGGAAAGACCUUCAUGAUUUAAUCCCAAGCAACACCGGUGGCACUCAUGUGAUCAUCACAACGAGGAUUUCGCGGGUGAUGAACAUGGAUCCACUGCAGCUUCAUCCGUUGCCUGUAUCUGAUGCAACGGCUUUGAUCCACGGGAGACACAAAAGGCAGUAUCCGGUUGGAGAGGAAGAAUUCGUCAACAAAUUCAACGAGAGGCUUAGGAGCUUGAGUUUCGGGCUGUCAGUCGUUGGAUCCCUUCUCACCGAGCUUGCAAUUCCCCCUUCUGUUCUGUUUGAAGCUGUGAACCAGGUCCCUCUUGAAGACACUCACUCUAAUCUCACCAUUGCUGAGGAACAGUUCUGCAGAAGCAACCCUUUUCUGAUGAAAACGCUCGCGUUUUCAUCAGCUGUUUUGCAGCAAAGCAAGAACCUUUUUGCUUCAAGAAUGCUCCAGGUUGGGGCAUGGCUAGCCCCCACACCUAUCUCAGUUAAUAUACUAGCUGCAGCUGCAAACAAAAUACCUGAUUCUGGGAACAGGCUGAGGAAAUGGACCAAAUGUAUGAAACUUGGUUUGUUUUGUUGCCUAGGAAACCAGACAUGGAAGAGUGAAGAAGAAGCAGCUUUUCUGCUAGUCAAAUUGGGUUUGGCCAGGAAAUCCAACAGACAACCAGGAUGUUGGAUUCAGUUACAUCCUAUUACUCAGGUUUUUGCAAAAAGAAAAGAUGGAUUAGGAUUAGGAUUAGGAUUAGCUGCAGCCAAAGCCACAGUCCAAGGAGUAAGAAGAAUGGGGAAUCCACACACAGAUUCAGACCAUUUCUGGGCUACUGCUUUCCUCGUAUUCGGGUUCAAAUCAGAACCCCCGAACGUCCAACUAAACGCCACAGAAAUGCUCCUCUUCAUCCGAAAAACAGCACUCCCAUUAGCCAUCAACGCCUUCACAACCUUCUCGAGAUGCAACUCCGCCUUGGAGCUCCUCAAAGUGUGCACAAACGUGCUCGAAGAAGUGGAGAAGUCAUUCGUGUCGCAGAUUCAGGAUUGGCACCACGCGUCGCUCUGCUGGAAGAAGACGGCGCUGCUGCAAUCCAACCAGAGAGUCGACGAAUACGUGUGGCAAGAGGUGACGCUGCUGAAAGCCACACUGCUCGAAACCAGAGCGAAGCUGCUGUUGAGAGGCGGCCAUUUCGACAGCGGGGAGGAGCUCUGCAGAACCUGCAUUAGUAUCAGGACAGUGAUGCUUGGCCACAACCAUGCUCACACAUUAGCUGCUCAACAAACACUGGCAAAAUUAGUAAGAAUGAGGAGUAAAAUAUGAUGUUUUUUUUUUCCAAUUCUCUUUGAAGACAACUUGAGGUAGCUCA